UCGUCCGCCAUCGUAAAGAUGCCUAAAGUUAAGAAGGUUAAGAAGGUGGCACCUGCCCCAUACACUACCUCCAAACCAGUACCAAAGAAGGUCGUCAACCCUCUCAUUGAGAAAAGACCAAGGAAUUUUGGCAUUGGUGGGGAUAUUCAGCCAAAACGUGACUUGAGCAGAUUUGUCAGAUGGCCAAAGUACAUCAGACUGCAAAGGCAAAGGAGCGUUCUUUACCAGCGAUUAAAGGUUCCUCCUUCCAUUAAUCAGUUCACACAGACAUUGGACAAGCAAACUGCUACCCAGCUUUUCAAGCUGAUGCACAAAUACCGUCCUGAAACUAAAGCUGAGAAAAAAGCUCGCCUCACAGCCAAGGCUGAAAAGAAAGCGGAGGGCAAGGAGGAACCAGCAGGAAAGAAGCCAGUUAUUAUCAAAUAUGGCCUUAACCAUGUGACUAGUCUUGUGGAGAACAAGAAGGCACAGCUUGUGGUCAUUGCUCAUGACGUUGACCCCAUUGAGCUUGUUGUGUGGCUGCCAGCUCUGUGCAGGAAAAUGGGUGUUCCGUACUGUAUUGUGAAGGGAAAAGCCAGGUUGGGUAAGGUAGUACACAAGAAGACAGCCACAGUACUGUGCUUCACUGCUGUUCGACCAGAAGACAAGAACAACUUUACUAACCUUUGCGAGGCUGUUAAGACCAACUUCAAUGAGAGGUUCGAUGAGAUCAGAAAACACUGGGGUGGUGGUGUGAUGGGAAACAAGUCCCAGGCGGCUGCACACAAGCUUGAAAAGGCCAAGAUUAAGGAGAUGAAAGUCUGAUGUGUACAAACUCUCUCGGAAUGUAAUAAAAAAUUAUUACCAUCGAA